GUGGCGGUGUGAUUUGUUUGCGGAAAAAGUUUAAGUGAUUUAUUGUUCGCAGUCACACAUGUACUAAAUACAGUUUGGAUCUACCCAUUCUCUUCCUGAGUCAAGGAGAGCAUGGCAACAUUUGUGGUCUAAUUUCAGUUUGAGUUUUCUUCAGUCUUCACUUCUUCAGUGGAGAAGUGGCUUCGGCAAACGGCAGACGUUCGAAACUUGUUCCUCCGUAGGAUCGGUCGUGUUUACGAUUAACAAUCUCCGCUCGGCACUCGGCUUGUUUUUUCCAGUUUCUCAUGAAACAUGGGCUUGUAAAUAUUUUCGCUGUGGCAACAGUCAUGCGGAUCUCUGUGUGUUCCCUUUAAUGCUUCAAUUAGAUUCUGAAUGAGUUAAGUACAAUGCUGCCGUUCAGUAAGUUUGUCAUUGUCUCUGCUGUGGUCUUCAUUGCGUACAUUGCUGGGCUGUAUCGGUUUCUCACUCAUUUUGAUGAAAACAAAUGCGGCAUGACCUACAUGUAUGGAUACCCAACGUUUGUUGAUGUUCCGGUGACGCGCUCCGUGUCGAGAGGGGGGUGGGGUGAAGGGCGCUCGCAUGAGAACUACCGGCUCUACCUGUACGCCGAGGGGAGGUUCGUCGAAAAAGUAAGACAUCUUAGACUAACCGGCAUCCCUGUUUUAUUUAUUCCUGGAAAUGGCGGCUCUUACAGACAAGUUCGAUCUCUGGCGUCGAUCAGUCUGCACAAAGGACUGGACCUGAAAGCCCCGUAUCACUUCAACUUUUUCGGUCUGGACCUCAACGAAGAGUAUUCAGCGCUAUUUGGCGGGGUACUCAAGGAACAGACACAAUUCGCACAGGAUAGCAUCCGUACCAUAUUGAGUCUGUAUCCUAGUUUCAAGCCACCCCCUUCCAUCAUUCUUGUCGGACACUCAAUGGGUGGAAUUAUUGCAAAGGGGCUGAUGAUAGAUGAGGCUUUUGAUGCAGCAGCAACGAUCAAAGUGAUUGUGACACUGGCUUCUCCUCACACUCCAAUUCUGUUGCUUGAUUCAUAUUUGGCUGACUAUUAUAGAGAGAUAGAUCUCCACUGGCAGAAGAAAACACAAAAUGUAACGCUCAUUUCUAUUGGUGGUGGAAACCGUGACCUCCAUGUACGGGGCGCUCUCACUCAUGAAUCCUCCGCUGAUGUUGAUGUCCUUGGACCAAGCAUACCAGGCGUUUGGAAGUCUACAGACCAUUUGUGUAUUUUGUGGUGCAAAAGCCUAGUCAAAGUCAUCAAUCGUGCUUUUUUUGAUGUCAUUGAUACUACUUCCAUGGGUGUUCACCGUAAUGAUGCUGUUCGUGCUGAAAUUUUCAAAUACCAUCUCCAACAAAGAAGUGAUGGAAAGCAUUUUCAUCAAGACCUCCACCCACCCUCCUUGAAAUUGGAUCCUGCUGCAAAGUGGGUAGAAAAACGUGAGCUACGAUUCCGUUAUGCUGAAAAAGAAAUCACCAAGACUACUUACCUCCUGCUUCCAACGACUAAUUUUAAGAGCUCUCAGUUUGACAAGCUCACCAUUGAUGCUGAGAAUCUCAAAUCCACCGAUUGGAUAUUUUUAUGUCAAGCAAAUGAAAAUCGCAAUGGAAAAUAUUGUCUGUUUGGUGAAAAUUUGAGCAAAAAUGGUUACAUUAUGCCGACCCUGACACAAAAACGUAAACAGAUCCUAAUUAGUGCCUCUGAUAUCAACCUGGACUUUUUCACACAUAUUAUUGUUAAGAUCUCUGCCACAAAUGAUCCGGUAUCACUUUCUGUCGACUUUCACAACUCAAAUGAAAGAACUCUGACCACUCCGCUCCCAAGUCUCGUAUCUUUUGGAAGGACAUUAAUCUCGGCAACAGAACCUGGGGCAGUAACUUAUUCUGUACAGAUUCCAAAUUUGGAGAAUGAAGUUCAAGCAGGAUAUCUACACUUAAAGUCCGUAAAGUGUAAUAAACAGAGACACUAUGCAAUUUUGCAAAUGAAAGUUCCAUGGAGUCAGGAAAGCACUCACUCUUUCUCCAGUUACAAAAAGCAAGUGCCCCUAUUUUUGAAACUGUACCGUUCAAAACCUAGCGGAGAUGCAAGUGCAGCUGCUGUUUCUUUGACUCUUGAUCCAGAUUGCGCUUAUACAGUCAGCAUCGAGUCAUCUGUCAUCGAUUUUCUUGCAUCUGUCGGACAGAUAUAUUCACCCCUUCUCAUCCCAAAUAUUGUCGGCAUAUUGCUACUUACCCUGUCAGCUCAAAUGAUGAACUUGGCCUUAUUUGAAAGUUGUUCAAUGUACCACAACGUUUUAGUUGUUGGCGCUCAACCGGUCAAGACUCUUUGCAUCACAAACAUAGUGACAUACAUUUUAAGUGUUCUUGGUGUUGUUCCGGCAGUUUACUACCAACUAAGUUUGGCGUCGAUGUUUUACUUUACCGUAGGUUUUGCCAUCUUGUACAUCAUUGGAGUUGGUCUCUGGUACUCCCUUGUCUUCAGCACAAACAAAAUCAGUGAUAUUGUUCUCUCAUUUUUGGCAAGGUAUCUAGGCAGUUUGACGUGGUCUGAAUGGAUACUCUCAGGGUUGGAACAGUUACCAGUCAUCGUGUCUGCAGUCCUUAUUGGUCUUGUCAACAGCACUUGUGGAGGUCUUGCUUUGUCUCUUGGUGCUAUUUUCUAUUAUUUAAAGCUUUGUUCCUUAUAUGAAGAUUUCCUCAACUAUUACAUCUACUACCCAUUUCGCUACAUCAUAAACCAGCUGAAGGCUCGAUUGAGCUGGAAAUCAAACACCGAGCUCAAAGAUAUGUGGCGGAAGAACUUGCCACCUAAUGUUGACGAUGAUGCCAAUGAUUUGACACCGCUACAUUUCCACUUCACGAUUUUUCUGCUGUGGGCAGCCUUAGCUAUUCUGAAUGUCCCAUCCACUCUCAUGUGGGCACAUAACUUCCAACAUUCCGUUCAUUUGGAGCCGGACCCUUCAUGGCUGCCUGGCAUAGCGCUAAGUCUCUCUGCAGCAGCAAUAUGGCCUGGUUCAUGUCCUGAUUCUGGAAUAAAACACUAUCGGGAAAUCAGCAUUCUGAUUUACAUCCUUGCCUGUGUGUCAAUGGUUUUCUGUCAUCACACUAUUUACUACCUUCAGUACAUCAUUUCUACUGCGUUUGUAAUCAUUGCUGGUCACCAGCUGAUUGGGAGGUACUUUGCAAGAAAAGCAAUCGAGCAAGAGCAAGAGCAACUAACUUUAACAGAAGACAAUCCUUCAAGUGAAACGUUAUGCCCCAGUGAUCAAGAACAUGAAGAAAUCGCGGAACUUGUACAGUUGUUGCAAAAUUCUGCAGUAGAGGAAAAAUUCUCGGAACAGGCUGAGAGGAAGGGUAACGAAAAGUUGGAACCUAACUCAAGCUCCGUGGGAACCAAUGAGUUUGAAACAGAGGAAGUUCAAUCCUCGGGGUCCUCAACUGAGUCGUUUGAGUUGCUCGACGGUCAGGACAUCCUUAAUCCGUUGCAAGAUUCAAAAGUCCAUGAGCAGCCAGUGGACAUUGAUAACAGCUCUCAGGAAGAGCUCACGGCCAAGGAAGGUACCAUCGAAACUUGUGCAACUGUUACAGAGUCAGGUGACGCUAAAGAUGUUUCGGAGGAAGCAGAUGAUGUGUCGACUGAAACUGAAGAGUUGUCCAGCUCAGAUGAAGAAAGCACCGCUCGCAUUGAAUCCACUUUGCCAGAUUCCAACAAAUGAGUUUUUUUUGGGUGCCUGAACUUUUGAAGUACAAGACAAGCUACGAAUUAAAGCAUUAUAUCACUGCAUUUUCUGUUCAUCAUCUUGGAUUUUGAAUGAAUCAUACAGCUAUCAAUUUUGAAAGGAACUCCUUUGGCGGCUGUUACAAAGUUUAAUCAAAGUUGGCCGAAUAGGGAAAUUUGGAUGAGGUUCUUUGUUUGUUUUAUUUCUUCUUUUUUUAUUUGGUCUUUGAGUUAAUGACAAAUUUCAACAUUUCUAGCUGGAGUUGAUUUUCAAAACCUACAUUCACAUUUUUUUUAUUCACACUACAUCCAUGAACUAGUUUCAGUGUGGAAUUUCUAAGAUGAUACGCGGUGCUUGUAAGUACUUUAAUUCAUGCACUCCACCGAUCUAUCAGUAAGGUGAUUUGUUCAUGGCUUUGGUUUUUGCCAAUUUUUGAUAGUUGCCUCAUGAAUGUAGGCUGAAAAAUGGGGUCCAGCAACCAAACUGAAUUUUUAAAAUUCUUAAAUUUCUGCCUUUUAAAUACUUGGUGUUUAUCCUAAGUUUUUAAUAAGUGGAAGUGAAACUAAGUUCUAAUGUUCCUGAAUGAUAAAGAAUUCUCAAACGCAUAUAAUUGCGUUAAAAUUUUCCUGUUUUUAAUUUUAGAAGUUAUAAUCCUUAAUGUGAUGAUAUUGGUUCGAUUAAAAGAACCCAAUACUAUUUUGUUUUAACUAAGUAUUGAUAUCCUAAACUUUGUGCUUUUUUGGUCUUAUGGUGAAAGCACAAGAGAAUUGAGGACUAAAUUUUUGUUUUUGUUUUCUGGAUUUACUUGAAAUUAAAAUGUGUUUUCCUGAAAUUCAAAAACACUACUUUCCUUCAAAACUUUGUAUAAAUUUAUAUUUUUCUAAGUUCCAACUUUAGUUUUGUGUGAAUGUAGUCUCUUUAACUAGUCAUUUCUAUGAUAAGGUGUGUUUAUAAUAGGUACAGAUCACCCUAUAUUAUGUAAUUCCUUGCAAGCAAAUCUCGGAACUUUAACUCUGCAUCAAAAACAAUUCUUUGAGUUUUCUUGAAAUGAUCUUCUGCUAUUAAUGGUGCUCAAAGUUUGUUUCUAUUUUCUUUACACUUUAUUUUUUUAUCCAAAUUUGGCUGCUGCUGUCUAACAGCAGUAGCAAGAACUCAGUUAUUUAUGAGUGUACAAAUAACUUAUUGGUUCUCUGUUCAGAUGAUAUCAUUACCAGGUCGGGAAAAUUUUAGACCCGAUUUUAACUGUCUUAAUUCUGUAAUUUUAUGUAGUAUACCUUCUGACUUAUUUUUGCCAGGAGCAUUUCCAUGCACAUCUUGAAAGUUAUCCACCUACAAUGAUUUAUGAAGUCUUAAAAAAUACACCGAUUUCAAUCUGAAUGUAUCGACGUUCUCCUCUAUUUUUCGAGAUGAAAUUAACUUCAUGAAUAUCCAUGCAUGUAUACUUUGCCUUCUAUGAUAUUUUGAAUCUUUUUACUCGUUUGCUUAUCAAGAAAAGAAGGCAUUAAAUUUAGAACAUAAUAUUUUUUAUGUUUUCUCAAAGUUUCCUGUAGUGAUUAGAAAUUUGCAAUUUCUGCAUGUUUUCACACAACUAACAUCGGCCUGUUAUCCUGUUUUUUAGACUUACCUAUUUUAAACAUUUUUCUUCAUUGAUUUUUCUCUUAUUCAAAUCAUUCUUCAUUCUUGAGCAGUUCUACUCUGUGCAAAACUGCUUAGAUUUUAAAAUUGUAUUUCUUCCUAUUUUUAGACGUAUUGACGCUGCUCUUAGUAUUUGUAUAUUAUGUAGGCAAACAGUCAUGCCAAAUUCUUGCAAACAUUGCUUUCUUCCAAAUUUGAAUGAAAUUUGAAUUAGUUUUUUUUUAAAGUUGCCUGAUCCGAGGAAGUUGUUUAUUUAAUUGGACAUAUUUCUGCUAAACAGAGCUACAGACAAUAGGAAAGAUGGAGUGUGUUUUGGAAAGCUGCAUAAAGAAACAAUAUAAAAGUGGUCGUAAUUCCCUCAGGAGAAAUGGAAAAGCGGAAUUUUACAUUCUACCACACGGAACUAAGAAUAAGGGCCAACUGUGUGCUGCACUGUUGAGCUGUGGGCAUGUGAAAAGAGCGUUGUGGACAGGACUUAUAAGUUAAAGGCUUCCGACCGUCGUCCUGCGUCUCGGUUGUCGCUGUUGAUGUCACUGGUGCUUUACAAGUCCCAUUCAUUCUAACAGCCCACAACUAAUGAGCACACUCCUUCUUCCUCACCUGCCUUCGUUUUCGUUCAGUAAAAAUACGUCCAAUUGCAGUUUUAUUUGGUUGUCACUUUCAAAACUUGUACUCACAGUUAAUUAACCUAAUUAAAUUUUCAAUUUUUUUCUCCUAUAUAAUUGAAUUGAUAAUUUUGAAAACAUAUCCGACCCAUCAUUUCUAUUUUAAUAGAAAAUAAAUAAAUAAAUAACUUUUUGAAAUUGUGUUUGUGUCCCUUAAGUAAUUGUAAGCUUUAUGGAUUGCAUCUAGCUUUACCAGAUUGUCAAGAAAUUUCCACAAGAGACUUAUUGUCGACUCUACGAUAUUAUUGAUUCAAUUGAAUUUGAAGUUUAAUCUGCUCAAAUAAAAUUUUGGACGUAUAUUUACUAUAAAUAGUGCUCAUUACUUUUUAUUAAAUUAGAAGGUUUUAACUUUAAAGUACAAAGACAUAACCCCACAAUGUUUGAAACAAGUCGAAUCAUAAUUGUUUCAAUAACUUUAGUUAUUACAUGUAUUUAUGCAUAGUUGUACCGAAGUGGUCCGGUCGUAAAGGAAUAUGUUUUGUGAUCACAAGAGUGUAAAUUCUCUUGCAAAAACAAUUUUUUGUUUUCCUGUAGUUAUUAGCAUGUGAAAGUUGAAUUUAAUUCAGCUUGAAACUAUCUUGAAACCGCCGGUUUUUAUAAAUGCACAAAAAUUCCAGUCAUACAUAAAGCACUUCAUUUCAGGAAGUUCACAAUAGUAAUGCUUCAAUGGAAUCAAGUGGAUGUAACUUUCAACUUUUAUUUUUAUUUCAUUCUUGAGGAACCUAGAUAUGUAUCAGGUUGGCAGGAGAAAAAAUGUAUUCAAGCAGUUAAAAUUUAAAAUUAGGUAGCGGGUUUUUUUUUUUUUAUUUUUUUUAUUUUUUGAUGUACGGACUUAAUUUUUGGAUCAUCAGUAGUAUAAUCUGUUUAGUCUGAGCCAUGUAUUUUUUCAGUUUUCAUGUUUCAAAAACAAGCCACCUCUACCGAGCUACCUGUAACUGGGUUGAAUGGAAUUAUCAACAGUGAAACUGCAGGAAUGCGUACUUUGGUUUGCAGUGUUGCAAACAUCCUGUCGUAAUUUGGCCUAAAAAUUGAAAAACACCUACUCUAUGUUUUUUCUUCUUCCUCUUCUUUGAGUGAAGAAUACUCAGUAAAAAUUUUUAGCCAUAAUGUAGGUUCGGUUUCCUCCUAAAAAAUAAAAUUGAAGUUGAGAUUUUGAAACACUGCAACUGAGAUGUACGCAUUUCUGCAGUUUCAUCGAUGAUAUGUGUAUCACAUACUUAGUUUUGUUAUGCAAUAUUUCUGGCUCAAAAUAACUUUACCGGAGUCAGUGUGCUCUCCUCUUUAGAAGGUAGGAAUAAAGGAGACUGUAAUCGAAAUGGUACGAAUUGCUUUUCUAGUGUUAGUCACUGCUGUUUUCUUUCGUAGUAGGUAGGAGAUACUGUGAUAGGUUCUCUUGAACUAUGUAGAUUUAUUUUUAGCAAUUAAUUCAUUAAACCGGUGAGAUGUGCUGUGAAGGUGUUUGAAUGACCUUUGCUUCAACCAAUAAGGAAGUCAGAAAUUCUCUGAAAAAUCAAGUUCCUACAUAUCAAUAUCCCUAAGUCCAAAGGUACCUUACUACAUUUUGGUAAUUUCGAAGAAUUAGGUGAAAACCGUGUGUCAGGCCCAGGAUCCCCAUGCAAGUUGCAAUUUUUAAUAUUCAGUAACUUCUCAUAACUGGUGCAAGAUAGGACUGCUAAAUUUUUCUUUCAUACGGAAACAUUAUUGGAGAUUUUCGAAACUUUACUGACUCGAUUUUUCCAAUAACGUUUGGUCCAAUAAUUCCAAUAGUCUUGAUCUUUGUUUUUUAUAAUAUUUUCUAGUUCCCUUGAUACUGUAAAUAAAUAAAUAAAUACAUAAAUACUGUGAUUUAGGUACCUUUCGGCUUUGGGGUACUGGUGUUUAGAAAAAAAUUUCAAAGAUGUAUACCAGUAUGCGAAAUAAUGUACUUAGGUCGAUAGAUAUGAGCCAUCAUCGGAUGCGCUGAUGUUUACCUAAAUAGUGCAAACUUUAGGAGAGUCUUCAACUCAUCUCAAUUUUGAGUGCCUAGAAUUUUCAGCUUCUAACAUUUUAAAUCUUAUAAAUUGCAAGUUAUGUAAUCUAUCAAAUAGUAUGAUAAAAUCUGUCGAGAAGCUUUUUAAAUGGCUAAAUUUAGUUUUUUGUGCCUAAGCUGAGCAGAUCUCUCAAACAUUGGGCAUCACCCUUUAAAGCUUAGAAAUCAUGAUAGAAAAAGAAAAAAGACCUUUGGAUUAUUGCCUUCCAGCCUUGUCAGACCUGGCCUGAGCCCCCCUGUGCGAGAUCUAUUCAGGUGCCUCUAGUGGCAUAAAACUUAAAAUGAAAGGGUACUUCAUGCCACCCUCCCAGGCCAUCACCUAGGAUCGCCCCUCCUUGAACUAGACCUGUUUUGAAGGCAAUGCACUAAGCUUACAGUCAAAACGUUUUUUACUGUUUUUCAGUAUGUGCACAACAGCCUGCUCAACAAUUAAAUCCUUUUCCAUCGACAAAUAGUUCAAAUAACACUUAAAUACGAGUGCACAUGUGCUUACACACUGCUCCUACACAUUUUCUGUUUUGUGACAGGAUACAUCCCUUAAUUAUCCUCAAUGAAUCUAGAGCUUAUGUCUCUAUCUGGUAAAGCAUUAUUAUUGGCUCAUUGUAACUUUACCUAUUUAAUGAUUUUAAACCAGUUUUUGUUAACUUGUUCUUCUAGAGUUUAUUCUUGUAUUGGUACUUGUGAAUUUUUCAAUUAUUUCUUUUCAUAGAUAUUUUGAAAUUAAUUACAAUAUGCAAUUUAUGGGAUCAAUUUUUUUUUUUUUGUUGUGAAAUGGAAAGGCUUCAAAAAUAUAAUAACUUGUACCGAUAUUAAUGUUGCUAAUGAACCUAUUUUGUCAGACAAGGUAGUAUGUCCUUUCACCCCAAGGGCUGUAUUUGUAGUCAGUCCUUUAAUUUCAAAGGCUCCGUGAGGUAUAAGGAAUACAUUUAUCAAGGAAGCCUGCAAGGGACGACUAUGAACACAGUCCCAAGUUUUACUCUUUCACAAUUUUUUGGCGUCCACGUCAAAUUAAUUAGUUUAUGUAAUUUCAGACUGCAACAGAAGAUCCGCCAUUUUGAUUCUGGCAUUCACUUCCCAUGCUAAACUGUUGUCAGACAAUCUUCUGUCGCAGUCUUGAAGUAAGUAAACUGAUUUGUCAUGGACUCUGAAAUUUUCAAUCCUAGGAGAUGUUUGUUUUGAAGCCUUUUGCACUUCUCUACUUGUGUCAAAAAAUUAUUUUUUAUUUUUAAUCACUUUAUCGCUUUGUAUUUGGAAGACUUAGGUUACCUACUUCGAGCCUUGCACAUCUUUUUUUAAUGACUUGUUCAACUCUUCAUAAGUUUUUUCUGUCAACUCAGUCAUUAUCUGCGCUCUGUUUCUUUCUUUCAAAUUUUUCAAUAAAAGAGAUUUUUCUGACA